AUGGCUAACUACUACGAAGUGUUGGGGGUCCAAGCCAAUGCCACCCCAGAGGACAUCAAGAAGGCCUACCGCAAGCUGGCCUUGCGUUGGCAUCCCGACAAGAACCCUGACAACAAAGAAGAGUCAGAGAAGAAGUUCAAACAGGUGUCUGAGGCCUACGAGGUCCUGUCAGAUCCCAAGAAGCGCUCCCUGUAUGAUCGGGCCAGCUGUGGGAACUGGAGGGCUGGUGGGGGUGCCAGCACCCCUUACAACAGCCCCUUCGAGGCAGGCUACACCUUCCGUAACCCUGAAGACAUCUUCCGUGAGUUCUUCGGCGGCCUGGACCCCUUCUCCUUCGACUUCUGGGACAACCCGUUCAGCAGUGAGCGUCCAGGCCGGGGCCACAACCUGAGGAAUGCCUUCUCGGCGGCAGGCUUUGGAGAGUUCCCAGCCUUUAUGGAGGCCUUCUCUUCCUUCAACGGCCUGGGACGUGGGGGCACGGCCAGCCGAACCACCUACUCCUCCACCUCCUUUGGGGGUUCGGGCUCUGGCGGCUCAGCCUUCAAGUCGAUGAUGUCCUCUACCGAGAUGGUCAACGGACACAAGGUCACCACCAAGCGCAUCGUGGAGAAUGGCCAGGAGCGUGUGGAGGUGGAGGAGGACGGGCAGCUCAAGUCGGUGACCAUCAAUGGCAAAGAGCAGCUCAAACGAGUGGACAAUAAGUAA